CCCAUUUUGUCCCCAUCCUUCUCUCCUAAUUCUACCUCCAUAUCUCAUAUAUAAGCAUUCAGAGACAUAUCAUCUCCCCCUGCCUCUCUUCUAUCUUUCUCUCUGUACAUAAGUACACCCAGAGAUAGAACUUGAAAAGUCAAAGCCUCUUGGCCUAGCUUCUUUUUCUUGGCACGUUAGUGAGUAAAGACACAGAACAAUGCCUGGCCGAUUAGCUAUGGAUGCAAUACAUGGGAACAGUGUGCUAGACCACGAAUUUAAUGGAAGCCAAACAUCGAAUCAGGAAAGCUCUGUAAGAAGUCCGUUGAGUACGCAAAGUGCUCAAAGUGAUUCCAUUGAUCUGGCUAUUGAUGGCGUUUUUGACACCUCUAUCGACCAGCUGUAUCACAAUGUCUGUGAGAUGCAGAGCUCGGAUCAGUCACCCUCAAGGACUAGCUUUGUGUCAUACGGAUGGGAAUCAAGGAUUGAUUCAGAAUUGCGUCAUCUUGUUGGAGCUAGCGAGGAAUUUGAGGUAACAAAGGAGGUGCUCGUAGAAAAUAAGGAAAUGAGUAAUGGAGGUGACUUGACUCCAGAGAAAGAGAACGGUUCUGUUGCUAAAAAGUCGGCAAAGAAGUCUAAGACCCAAUUUGCAAGUCCUAAGCAGCUUUCUCGCUUACAAUUGGACUAUGGAGCAUCAGCAAAAUCAAGUCCCAGGAGUAAAUCUUCUCAUGAGAGGCCUCCCAUUGAUAAGAGGUAUGAGAAGAAUUCCAGAAAGGUAAAUGCAGUUUUCGCCAUGAAAAAGCAGAGAAAUGUUGCUUUACUCAAAGAAAAACUUCGGAAUGGAGUCGAGGAUCCUCUUGUGGCAGGACUAGAUAACCCUGAACUUGGCCCGUUCUUGCUUAAACAAACUAGGGAUAUGAUUACCUCUGGUGAAAAGCCUCAGAAAGCUCUUGUAUUGGCUCUUCGGGCAUUGAAGUCGUUUGAGAUAUGUGCAAACGGGAAGCCCAGUUUGGAGCUGGUCAUGUGUUUACAUGUUUUGGCAGCAAUACACUGCAGCUUAGGCCAAUACAAUGAGGCAAUUCCGAUUCUUGAGCGCUCAAUUGACAUCCCAGUGAUAGAGGAGGGCCAAAAUCAUGCACUAGCUAAGUUUGCUGGAUGCAUGCAAUUAGGUGAUACUUAUGCAAUGCUAGGUCAGAUUGAGAAUUCAAUACUGUUUUAUACAGCAGGUCUUGAAAUCCAGAGGCAAGUAUUGGGAGAAACAGACCCUCGAUUUGGCGAGACAUGUCGCUAUAUAGCUGAGGCACAUGUUCAAGCAUUGCAGUUUGAUGAGGCCGAGGAGCAUUGUCAGAUGGCUCUUGACAUCCACAGGAAGAAUGGUUCUCCUGCUUCUCUUGAAGAAGCAGCAGACAGGAGGCUCAUGGGACUUAUCUGUGAUGCAAAGGGAGACUAUGAAGCUGCUCUUGAGCACUAUGUUUUAGCAAGCAUGGCCAUGGCAGCCAAUGGCCAGGAAAUAGAUGUAGCUUCAGUUGAUUGCAGCAUUGGAGACGCGUAUCUAUUCUUGGCUCGGUAUGAUGAAGCAGUAUUUUCUUAUCAGAAAGCACUCACGGUCUUUAAAUCAGCUAAAGGAGAGAAUCAUCCAGCUGUUGCUUCGGUUUUUGUUCGUUUAGCUGACUUGUACCACAAGAUAGGGAAGUUCAAGGAAUCCAAAUCUUAUUGUGAAAAUGCACUUCGAAUCUAUCGAAAGCCUUACCCUGGGAUCCCCUCAGAGGAGAUUGCCAGCGGUCUUAUCGAUGUUUCUGCUAUCUAUCAAUCUAUGAACGAAUUGGAGCGAUCACUCAGACUACUUAAGAAGGCUUUGAAAAUAUUCGGUGAUGCCCCUGGUCAACAAAACACGAUUGCAGGAAUUGAGGCGCAGAUAGGGGUCAUGUAUUUUAUAAUGGGGAACUACUCUGACUCAUACAACACCUUGGAAAGUGCCAUUACCAAGUUUCGGAUGAGUGGAGAGAAGAAAUCUGCACUGUUUGGGAUUGCUCUUAACCAAAUGGGACUUGCCUGUGUGCAGCGCUAUGCAAUAAACGAGGCUGCAGAUCUUUUUGAAGAAGCAAGAAGUAUACUGGAAAAGGAAUAUGGGCCAUAUCAUCCAGAUACAUUAGGGGUCUAUAGCAAUCUUGCUGGCACUUAUGAUGCAAUGGGAAGGCUGGAUGAUGCCAUUGGAAUUUUGGAAUAUCUCGUUGGAAUGAGAGAAGAGAAGCUAGGAACAGCAAAUCCUGAUGUGGAUGACGAGAGGCGGAGGUUAGCAGAGUUGUUGAGAGAAGCCGGCAGGGUCCGGAACAGGAAAACCAGAUCACUAGUUACACUCCUCGACACCAACCCUGAGAUCAUAAACGACAAUGGUAUUAAGGUAUUGUAAUGCCCAUGGUGUAUGUGUAUAUAUAUAUAUAUAUGCUUGUUUGCAAAAUAUCUUCCAGAUGAGGAUUAGGUGUGGUUGGUUUUUUUUCAUGGGUGCUGGGCCUGUUGGCAAAUUCGGAAAAAGAAACAAACAAUAAUAGCAGCUACGAGCAUUCUUCCUUUGUA